GGGUGUCACCAAUGUCCUCCAAUAUCUAGAAUAUAAAUCCACCCUGCCCGCUCUGCUCUCUGUCAUCCCUGCUUCUCAGCACAGAGAUCUGCAGCUCCUCUGGACAGUGUCUUCCAGCAGCCAUGGCAAAUCUCCUGACCGCUAUUCGCAGGAUCAUCGACACCUUUCACUGUUACAGCAGCCGCACAGCUCCCUGUGACAAGCUGGACAUCACCGCAUUUCAGAGCCUCAUUGAGACACAGUUUGCAGAUGUAAUUGAGGAUUCUGGAGACCCACACACAAUUGAAGCAAUACUACAUGCCCUUGAUCAAAACAAUGACGGUGAAGUGGACUUUAAAGAAUUUCUGGAGCUUGUAGCAAAAGUUGCUGUUGCUUAUUUUGAAGCACUGAGGCCCCAAAAAGGUUGUCGGAUAUGUGCAGCCCAAAAAGGGUUGUUGCUGCAAUCAUCAACAUCAUCAAAAACGUCUGAAUCAAACCAGAAACAAAACAUAACCCAGACACAAGACUCAGUCCAAAAAGAAGAUCCAAACCAAAAACAAGAUGAAACUCAGAAACCAGACUCCUUAACUCGGAAACAAGAACCCUUAACCCAGAAGAAAGAUCCAAACCAAAAAGGAGAUCCAACUGAGAAAAAAGAUCUAACCAAAAAGCAAGACUCAACCCAUAAACAAGACACAACACAGAAACAGGGUCCAAACCAGAAACAAGACUCAACCCAGAAACUAGAAUCAACCCAAAAUCAAGUUCCAACUCAGAAACAUAAUCUAACUCAGAAACAAGACUCAACCCAAAAACAGGAACCAACCAGAAAACAAGAAUCAAACCAGAAACAGGACCUAAAUGAAAAGCAAGAUACAACCCAGAAACAAGACUGCUCAACUCAAAAACAAGAUCCACCCCAGAAACAAGACUCAACCCAUAAACAUGACUCGACCCAAAAACAAGAUCCAACAAAGAAACAAGACUUACCCCUGAAGCAAGAUGCAACCCAGAAGCAAGACUCAACCCAGAAACGAGACUCAACCCAGAAACGAGACUCAACCCAGAAACGAGACUCAACCCAGAAACAAGACUCAACCCAGCAACGAGACUCAACCCAGCAACGAGACUCAACCCAGAAACGAGACUCAACCCAGAAACGAGACUCAACCCAGAAACGAGACUCAACCCAGAAACAAGACUCAACCCAGAAACAAGACUCAACCCAGAAACAAGACUCAACCCAGAAACAAGACCCAAACCAAAAACAAGGCUCAACAGAGAAACAAGACCCAACCAAGAAACAAGAAUCAACCCAGAAACAAGACUCAACCCAAAAACAAGACUUAAACCUAAAACAAGAAUCAACACAGAAACAAGAACCAACUAAGGAACAAGAUCCAACUAAAAAACAAGAACCAACCCAGAAACAAGACCCAACCCAAAAACAAGACUCAACUCAGAAAGAAGAAUUAACCCAGAAACAAGACCCAACUCAGAAACAAGACCCAACCCAGAAACAAGAACCAACCCAAAAACAAGACUCCACCCCAAAACAAGACUCAAAGCAGAAACCAGAAUCAACUCAGAAACAAGACUUAACCCAAAAACAAGACCCAACCCAAAAACAAGACUCAACCCAAAAACAAGACUCAACGCAGAAACAAGACCCAACUCAGAAACAAGAACCAACUGAAAAACAAGAAUCAACCCAGAAACAAGACCCAACUCAGAAACAAGACCCAACCCAGAAACAAGAACCAACCCAAAAACAAGACUCCACCCCAAAACAAGACUCAAAGCAGAAACCAGAAUCAACUCAGAAACAAGACUUAACCCAAAAACAAGACCCAACCCAAAAACAAGACUCAACCCAAAAACAAGACUCAACGCAGAAACAAGACCCAACUCAGAAACAAGAACCAACUGAAAAACAAGAAUCAACCCAGAAACAAGACCCAACUCCAAAACAAGACCCAACUCCAAAACAAGACCCAACUCCAAAACAAGACCCAACUCCAAAACAAGACCCAACUCCAAAACAAGACCCAACUCCAAAACAAGACCCAACUCCGAAACAAGACCAACUCCAAAACAAGACCCAACUCCAAACAAGACCCAACUCCAAAACAAGACCCAACUCCAAAACAAGACCCAACUCCAAAACAAGACCCAACUCCAAAACAAGACCCAACUCCGAAACAAGACCCAACUCAGAAACAAGACCUAACCCAAAAACAAGACUCAACCCAAAAACAAGACUCAACCAAGAAACAAGACUUAACCAAGAAACAAGACUCUACACAAAAACAAGACUCACCCCAAAAACAAGACCCAACCAAAAAACAAGACUCAACCCAAAAGCAAGACUCAACCCAAAAGCAAGACUCAACCCAAAAGCAAGACUCAACUCAGAAACAAGACCCAACCCAAAAACAAGACUCAACACAGAAACAUGA